AUGACCAUCCCACAUAUGAAAUACGCCGUAUCAAAGACUAGCGAAAAUAAGGUUUCAAAUACAGUAAGCCCCACACAAGAUAAAGACGCGAUCAGAAAACAACCCGAUGACAUUAUAAAUAAUGAUGAACCUUCACAUAAGAAGAUAAAAGUAGCACAGCCGGAUUCCUUGAGGGAAACCAACACAACAGAUCCACUUGGGCACACUAAAGCUGCGCUCGGAGAAGUGGCAUCGAUGGAGCUCAAACCAACUAAUGACAUGGAUCCCUUGGCAGUGUCAGCAGCUUCAGUAGUGUCAAUGUCCAAUGACGUUUUGAAACCAGAGACGCCCAAGGGGCCAAUCAUAAUCAGUAAAAACCCAUCAAAUGGUAUUUUCUAUGGUCCCUCCUUCACUAAACGAGAGUCUCUCAAUGCUCGAAUGUUUCUGAAAUACUAUGGUGCACACAAAUUUUUAGACACUUACCUCCCCGAGGAUUUGAACUCGUUAUACAUUUACUAUCUUAUCAAGUUGCUAGGCUUUGAAGUUAAAGAUCAAGCGCUUAUCGGCACCAUCAACAGUAUUGUCCAUAUCAACUCGCAAGAGCGUGUUCAAGAUUUGGGAAGUGCAAUAUCUGUCACAAAUGUUGAAGACCCAUUGGCAAAAAAGCAAACAGUUCGUCUAAUCAAAGAUUUGCAAAGAGCAAUUAACAAAGUUCUAUGUACAAGAUUAAGAUUAUCCAAUUUUUUCACUAUUGAUCAUUUUAUUCAAAAAUUACAUACCGCUAGAAAAAUUUUGGUCCUGACUGGUGCAGGUGUUUCAACUUCAUUAGGGAUCCCGGACUUCAGAUCUUCUGAGGGGUUCUAUUCAAAGAUCAAACAUUUGGGGCUCGAUGAUCCCCAAGACGUUUUCAAUUACAAUAUAUUUAUGCACGACCCCUCUGUUUUCUAUAAUAUUGCCAAUAUGGUUUUACCUCCAGAAAAAAUUUAUUCUCCAUUGCAUAGUUUCAUUAAGAUGCUACAAAUGAAAGGGAAAUUAUUGAGAAAUUAUACUCAAAACAUUGAUAAUUUGGAAUCUUAUGCGGGAAUAAGCACAGAUAAACUGGUGCAGUGCCAUGGCUCUUUUGCUACUGCCACCUGCGUUACCUGCCAUUGGAACCUACCCGGUGAGAGGAUAUUUAAUAAAAUUAGAAACCUCGAACUUCCACUAUGCCCGUACUGUUACAAAAAAAGAAGAGAAUAUUUCCCAGAGGGAUAUAAUAAUAAAGUAGGUGUUGCUGCAUCACAGGGUUCAAUGUCGGAAAGGCCUCCAUAUAUCCUUAACUCAUAUGGCGUUCUCAAACCAGAUAUCACAUUCUUUGGCGAAGCACUGCCAAAUAAAUUUCAUAAGAGCAUUCGCGAAGAUAUCUUAGAAUGUGAUUUGUUGAUUUGCAUUGGGACAAGUUUAAAAGUAGCGCCAGUGUCUGAAAUCGUAAACAUGGUUCCUUCCCACGUUCCCCAAGUCCUGAUUAAUCGUGAUCCCGUCAAGCACGCAGAAUUUGAUUUAUCUCUUUUGGGGUACUGUGAUGACAUUGCAGCUAUGGUAGCCCAAAAAUGUGGCUGGACGAUUCCGCAUAAGAAAUGGAACGAUUUGAAGAACAAGAACUUUAAAUGCCAAGAGAAGGAUAAGGGCGUGUAUGUCGUUACAUCAGAUGAACAUCCCAAAACCCUCUAA